AACACUCCAGCAACCAGCACCAGGGCAGUUUUUGUCUUUUACAAGAAUCCAAGAUGAGUGGGACAGAGCCCACAGGUCGUAUCCAGUCAAAAAUGGAAAUGGCUUCUAAAAUGAAGGAUGAGGACAAACUUUACAAAUAUGAGGGCAUUAUUUACUCCAGUAUCAUGAGUCCAGUGGAGAAUCUAGAAGCCUUGAAAGGGAUGGAUGCCAGGGAAGAUGACAAAAUGCUGGUGGCAUAUCCAAAGUGUGGGUUCAACUGGAUGGUGGCAGUGGUACGCAAAAUUAUGAGUGCAUCCACAGGAAAGAAAGUAGUCAAUGAUAUGCCUCCACUGAUAGAAUUCUUUUCUCCAGAGAUUCAAAAGACUCUGGUACAAAUGCCGUCGCCGAGGUUUCUUGGAACACAUUUGCACCCUGACAACAUCCCUGCCUCUUUUACGGCGAAGAAAGUCAAGAUGGUGGUAAUAUUCCGAAACCCUAAAGAUACAGUGGUCUCCUUUUUCCACUUCAUGAACAAAAAUCCAGUCCUACCCAGUGCUGAGCCCUGGGACAAAUUUUUCUCCGAUUUCAUGACAGGACAAGUUCCCUGGGGCUCUUAUUUUGAUCAUGCUCUUGCCUGGGAGAAGCUCAUGGAUGACCCAAAUGUGAAGAUAAUGACUUAUGAGGAAAUGAAGGAGAACUUGCCAGAAGGCGUGCGGAUGAUUGCUGAGUUCUACGGCUUUCCUCUGACUGAGGAGCAGAUUAAGACCAUUGCUGAAGAGAGCACUUUCAAUGCUAUGAAGGAGAGCUCCCAAAGCUCCCACGGCAAUCUGGGCAACGUGUUCUUCCGGAAAGGUGAAGUAGGAGACUGGAAGAACCACUUCAGUGAGGCUCAGAGUAAACAAAUGGAUGAGGAAUUCCAGAAAAAACUGGGUGGAACAAAACUAGGAGCUAAAAUGAAAUAUGACUAUUACUGCAAGUAGGAAGUGACGGUUAAAUGCUCACUCAUGGAGGAGAAGUAGUAGCAACAGAAACUGUAAAAUCAACAGAUAACAAAAAUUGAAUAUAAAAUGUGUAAAUGUUUAGACUUUUUAAAAGAACAUAAAAAUACAUGACAAGACUGACUGCUUUAAAACAAUACUAUGAUAUUUUGAUACUAUGACAAAAAUGCAAUUAUACUGUUCAGAGUCUGAAUAAAGACGAUCAAAAA